CUGGGUUUUCAAUAAAAAUGGUUAUGUAUGAGUUCGAUAAUUUUGGUGUUUGGUGAUCUCGAAAUUUUUAUGCUUAGUUGCUUGGUGGAUGGUUUUGGGAUGCUAGAUUUUUCUACAAAUGAGAGAAGAAGAAAAAGGGAAUUUUCAAUAACUGGGAAGUAAUUAACAUGCUCUAAAAUUGAUAAUUUUGGCAACUAAAAGUCACUGCCUCUGCUUGUGACUUUGCCAAAAUGAAGUUUGAAAUAUGAAGUUUAAUUGUGUUUGGGUGAUUUCUGCUGGAUCUGGAUCUAGAUCUAGAUCGGGGGUGAUCGUAAUCCUAGGGAAGAUUGUUUUUCUUCUUUCUAUAGACCUUUGUCUAUUUGAACUCUACUCGAAUAUUUUCAUUCAUUUACACAUGAUAAUAAAGUAUUCAUCAACUAUUUGCUAGAUAGGAAAUUUACAACGUGACAUG